GUAAAUUCUGGAAGCUUUGUGGUGAAAAACGUGUUCACGUAAGGUUACUUUUGUAAGGCCGACUUCAUAAAUUUUCAAAGUUUAUUCUGACAAUUAAUCCGAUAGUCUUGUUUCUUCCUUACCUGUGAAGGUGAACCACAGUGCAAUGUCAAAGAAUACAAUCACCUCAGUAAUAACUGCAAGGAAGUGUAUUAUAAAGUACAUCAUCUCCGCAUGUGUGAUGAUCGCGGUGACGAUGAUCAUCACCUUGUUGGUAUCGAACAUGUAAGAAUUUCAAAUUAUGGUUUGUUUUCACACUGCUGUUUCAGAGACGCAGGAAGAGUUCUUAUCGCAGAUAAUACAUCCAUUACUCUGAUGUUCGUCU